GUUGCUGAGGAAAUUUCACUCGCCUUUCGUUUUUCUCGUAUUUCUCGUCGCUCAUCUGGUCGCUCCAAUUCUCUUAAAUAAAUAAAAUAAUAUAAAAUUAAUUAAAGAAAAAUGUUCCACCCUCCUCCCACGACGACGAAUGGGAAUCACCAUGGCAACACUUAUUCUCAGGACCCCGUGCAGGCAACCAUCUGGCACUGUUUGAACAAUUACGCCUACGCCGAUGCCAUUUUCCUCGCAGAAAGAUUGUUUUAUUCCGACCUACCCCCCGAGGGCUCCCCUGACACGCCCUCCAUCCGGCUCCACCUCCUGGCAACGGCCUACUACCGCUCAAACGACAAACUCCAAUGUUACGAGUUGCUAAGGAACCACUACAAAUCCGUUGCUAACCUCAAUCACAAGUGCAAAUUUCUCCUAGCAACCGUUUCCUUUGAAUUGGGGAGAACCACCACGGCGGAGACGACCCUCUUGACCCCGCCCACUUUGUACACCAAAGCCACGCCCCCUUUGGAUUUUAUAGAGAAAAAUUACUACGAGUGUGCUUGUUUCGCGUUGAAAUUAUAUGGGAAAAUCUGCAUGGCAACGGAACGGAUGGCCGUUGCUAAGGAAGCAUAUUCUCGAGCGUUGAAAUUAAAUCCGUUCUUGUUCGAGGCGUUCGAAAAUGUUGUCAAAAUGGGGUUUUCUAAUGGGAAUAACAAAGAGAAUAAAGAAAACCCGGGGGAGUUUAUCGAGAGGGUUUUUCAGACCACCCAUCUCCAUGACAACGCGUUGUCACUAAAUUGCCAUGGAAUUUAUAUUGAGGAAAAAACGCAGUUGGAAAAUAACAAAGCAGGGAUUUUAAUCAAUAGAAACACUAAAAACAAUAAUAACAACAAUCGUUGCCAUAGAAACCUGUUCACCUCAACGCCAAAUAGUCAUUAUUUCGGAACCCAUCUAAACCCCCUAACAACCCCCCCAAACAAUAACCACACCCCCUCCUCAUUCCUGCCCUCCUCCCUCCACACCCUCCAACCACACCCCCAGCAGGACACGACAACUUUAAUAAGUCCGAUAAUCACCAUGGAAACCACUCCCCUUGGCAACAAUUCAAUCGAGCCAAAGCCAAAAAAGCCUUGUUUACGAACUGUUUCAUCUCCACAACAACAACCGCAACCACAACAACAACAAUUGUCAUGGCAACAACAGUCGCAACAACAACAACAACAACAAACUGUUAGGAGGAGUUCCAGGUUGUUUGGGGGCAUGGGGGGGCAGCAAAGUGGGGUGGGGUCAGUGGGGUCACAGAUGAGUGGGGGUGGUGGGGGUGGUGGGGGUGUGGGUGGGACGGGUGGGGUGGAGGAUUUGGUGGGGAGUAAUAAGAAACAGCAGAGUUUGAAGGAAAACACCAAAGAGCAAGCCCCCCAGAAAAAUAAAUUCCGAAAAAAAGUCGUCAUAGAAAUGGAUCGGUCUUCGUUAGACACCCUCCUCUUGACGAUCCACCCCCUCGCCAUGGCAACCUACUACCUAACCCGUUACGACUGCAAGAAAACCCUGGAAACCAUAGCAACGCUAAAACCCAGCCAAAGCUCCACCCCUUUCGCCCUAGCAACCGUUGCCAGGGCCCAGUUCGAAAUGGGGGAUUACGAGGCGGCCAUCGGAACCUACACCACCCUCCGCACUACAAACCCCUUCUCGCCCUCACUCACCUACCUCUCCAGCUCCCUCUGGCACACCUCCAUGGAAACCCAGCUCUCCUCCCUCAGCCAAGAAUUCCUCUCCCACCCCUCGAACAAGACCACGCCCACCACCUGGCUCACCCUUGGCAACACGUUUUCCCUCCAAAAAGAGCACGAGACCGCGAUCAAAUUUUUCAAGCGCGCGAUUCAAAUCGACCCGGGCGCUUAUUACGCGUACAUCCUGUUGGGUCAUGAAUACGUCGCGACGGACGAGUUGGAUAAAGCCUUAAGGUGUUUCCGAACAGCGUCACGGAUCGACGCGAGCCAAUACAAUUGUUGGUACGGGAUCGGGAUGAUUUAUUAUAAACAGGAGAGGUUCGAGGAGGCUAGUGUUUAUUACGAGAGGGCGAGUAGGGUUAACAGGGGGAAUGUCGUUUUACUUUGUCAUCUGGGGGUGGUCCAAAGCGCGCUAAACCAGAACGAAAAAUCCCUCGCGACAUUCAACCGCGCGCUGCAACAAUCUCCAGGCGACGCGCUUUGUAAAUUCCACCGCGCGAGCGUUUUAUUCGCUGGCGGGAAAUUAGAAGAGAGUUUAAAAGAAUUGGAAGAAUUAAAAAGGAUCGUUCCCAAGGAGAGUUUAGUCCAUUUUUUAAUCGCCAAGAUCCACUCAAAACGGGGCUCCACCCACAAAGCGCUUUUGCAUUUCUCCUGGGCCACGGACCUGGACCCCAAAGGAGCCAACAACCAUAUAAAAGAAUCCAUCGAGCCCGUUUUGAACAACUCCUCAUCGGACUCCCCUGAAGACGACGAAGAGGAGGAGCCACACCCCCACGAGCUCCCUCCCCCAACAACAGCCACGCCCACAUUGGAAGAGGAAAAUUUAUAACACGAGAAACGAGAGACUAAAUCCUGCCCACCGGGAGUCCAAAGGAGAAAGUUCUCCUCGCUUGAGAUUCGCGGAGGGAAAUUUGAAAAAUUUAGUGAAUAAUAAAAACUUGUUAAAAUUAAUCUGUGUCUUUUGGUAAAUAAAUAAAUUUAAUUGAGAAA